AUGGCAGAUGAAUCAUGGAGGAUUCCUAUGUUAGUGCAAGAACUGGCGGCCAAGGUGCAGCAACCACCAAGCAGGUACGUGCAGCCGGAGCAGUAUCAUCCUGUCAGCCUAGAUGUUGGUGCCGAGACGCCGAAGCCCAUCCCUGUAAUCGACCUCAGCCGGCUGUCGGCUGCUGAUGGUGCCGAUGAUGAGAGCGGCAAGCUCCGGUUAGCCCUGCAGAGCUGGGGGCUCUUCCUGGUUGCUAACCAUGGCAUAGAUUCCGAUUUGAUGGAUGAUUUAAUCGAUGCGUCAAGAGAGUUUUUCCAUCUGCCGCUUGAAGAUAAGCAAAAGUGCAGCAACUUGAUAGACGGCAAGCAUUUCCAGGUGGAAGGAUAUGGAAAUGACCCAGUGAGAUCCAAGGAUCAAAGCCUUGACUGGUUGGAUCGACUGCAUCUCAGGGUAGAACCGGAAGAUGAGAGGAAUCUCGCCCAUUGGCCUGAGCAUCCCAAAACUUUCAGGGCUCUUUUACAUGAGUACACAUUGAACUGCAAGAGAAUCAAAGAUUGUAUCCUUCGGACAACAGCCAAGACUUUAGGACUUAACGAAGAUUACUUUGUGGCACAAUUUAACAACAAGGCUCCUAGUUUUGCCAGAUUUAACUACUACCCACCGUGUCCAAGACCGGAUCUUGUCUUUGGCUUCAAGCCUCACUCGGACAGUGGUGUUCUUACCAUUCUUCUCAUGGACAAAGAUGUUGGUGGACUGCAAGUUCUUAGGGAUGGCAUGUGGCACAAUGUUCCAACUAGUCCUUACAGGUUGCUGAUUAACAUAGGAGACUACGUGGAGAUAAUGAGCAAUGGGAUCUUCAAGAGCCCAGUGCAUAGAGCGGUCACUAACACGGAGAAAGAGAGGAUCUCAUUGGCCAUGUUCCAUGGCCUGGAUCCUGAGAAAGAGAUUGAGCCGGCAGCUGCUCUGUUAAAUGAGAAGCAACCGGGACGGUACAGGACACUGAAAGCCAAGGAGUACCUGGCUGGGUUCUUUGAACAUUUUUGUCAAGGAACUAGAUUCAUCGAGUCUGUGAAGAUCUAA